AUGACGCCUAAAAAACUUAGAAGAUGCAGAAAAUUAUGUUCACAAGAUGAGUUUUUACUUGUUCUUAUGAAAUUACGUCUCGGACUUUUAAGCAAUGACCUAGUUUAUAGAUUUAGUGUUUUUCUUGGCACUGUUUCAAAAAUAUUUAAAUCAUGGAUGAGAGGCAUGUCACAGUAUUUGAAAUCAUUUGUUUGCUUUCCAGACGAAGAAAAUGUUUGCUUGAACCAUCCUGAUUGUUUUAAAAAUAAUCAAAGUCUGUUAAGAAUAUUUGAUUGCUCUGAAAUUUUUAUUGAAACACCAAAAGAAUUAGAACUGCAAUCUGCAACAUGGUCUGAGUACAAGCACCACAAUACAAUGAAGUUCCUUGUAUCAGUUACAUCUAGCUCUUUCAUAAAUUUUGUUUCGGAAGCAUAUACUGGAAAAAUAUCAGAUAAAGCAACAACAUUAAAUUGUGACUAUCUUACGAAAUUCCCUCCUUAUUCUUCAAUCAUGGCUGAUAAAGGUUUUAAUAUUGCUAGUGAGCGUGCUGCUUAUAGGAUUACCUUUAUUUCCCCACCUGGAAAGCGAGGAACUUCUCAAAUGACACCUGAAGAAGUAGUAAAAAGGAGUAAUAUUGCUAAACUCAGAAUUCUGAUUGAACAGAUAAUUAGGAGAAAGUAA